ACCUUACUAUUCUUCGCGCUUUCCUCGGCCUAUUAAAGGAGAGAGAGAGGAGAGAGAGAGAGGAGAAACGGGCAAGGCAAAGAAGAGGAAUGCUAAUGGGGAAGAGGCCGCGCACUCCGAUUAAGAGAACGACAAGCCUGAAGGAGCUGUCUCCCGAUCUUUCGGCAGCAACCUCUCCGGCAGAAAUCCUACCACCGCCUCCGUUGGCAGAGCUCUGGCGGGAUGGAAAGCUGCCGCCUUCGCCGGCGCCACGGAGGGGCUUGAAGAGGAGGUGCUCCGGAGAUCCUUCCGUAGCAGAGGCCGCCCCCUUCCUCACGGCUUGUGGUCUCUGCAAGCGCAGCCUCGGCCCUGGUUUUGAUACUUUCAUGUAUAGGGGAGAAGUUGCUUUCUGCAGCAGCGAAUGCAGAGAAAAGCAGAUAACCAUAGAUGAGAAGAAAGGGAGGAAGAAGUGCUCUUCUCCUGCUAUUGUAAAGAAAGCUGAACUUCCUCCGCCUCCAAAGAGCUCUGAAUCAUCUGCGGGCAAUGAAACAAUUGUUGCUGCGUAAACAGUAAAGUUUAUCUCUUUUCUCCCUCUGCAACUCUCUGCAUCAUAUACCAUCAAUACAGGCAACAUGUCUGAGCUCCAUGUUUAAGCAAAUUAGAUUGGUAUUGGUUUUGUUCGUCUCAUUUUCUCAGCUUCAAUGUGAACAUAAUGUGUAUUUUUUAGAUUUUAGAAGUUAUGAAUUCUCCAUUUCAUACUUAUCAUUGAGUGAAAUAGAGCGAGUUAUGCAGUGAUUUACAGCGUGGUUUUUUGUAUUUCUUCAAA